CCAAACAAAUCGCCUGAUGUUGAUGUAAAUGUUGUGUUUCCAUUUGAAAUUUUUUCAUGAACUCACCAUCCAAUUUGAAGUCUAAACUUAAUCAGCAAACGUAUAACACGUUCUCUGUUGUCAUAUUGAAAGUAUUUUCCAAUUGAGUCACAUCAGUGAUUUGUUUAACGCCGAAGAGAAACAAAAUAAAACGCCGGGUGCUAUUGCAAUAAAUUCGUAUAAUUGGUUGUUCUAGUAAAGUAUUGUUAAAUUUAUAAUUAAUUGCCGUGCAUCAAAUCUGUAAAAAGAGCGUUGAAUCAGCUGUUAAACACAACGAGCCGGCAAAAAUUUUAAUUUAGAGGCAAACGGCUGCACAAUAUUCUAAUACACAUAUAAUUGUCAAUCGAACCGUUUUCUAUUGUUUUAAUCGUUUUUUUUUGUGUGAGAAGCUUAUCAUCAGUGUCGCAUGUGGUUGUAAUUUUUGUUUCGUUUCGUAUCAAAAAGGACAGCUAAAAAAUGCUUUACUAACAGUUUGUCAAGCAGUGUUGAACGUGGUGGACACAAAUUCCGUAUAUGGCUAAAUUAGAAAUACUUAACGAACAAACAAAAUUGAAAUUUUCUGUUCUUUGUAUUAAAUUAUUAAUCUAAACAGUGUCAUUUACGUUUUUUGAACUGUGUGCUUCACAAAUCGAAUUAAUUAGUUUUUCGUGACUAUCGAAUACAUCGAAUCAUAUACAAGAAGCGGUGAUCUGUUGUUGAAAUAAUUUUCUUUGAUUCGGAAAGCGAGAACAAAGCCAGAAAAAUAAUUGUACAAUGGCACCAAAUGCAUCGACCACAGCUGACUGCACCGGUGUUCUCAACGAACAUGAUGCCGAAACUAACGAUGGAGGCUUAUUGAAGAAAGUUGCCCCAGUGGUGCGAAAUGAUAAGAGACAAGUCGCUUUGGUUUGGAGAAACAUAAUUGCCUUCACAUAUGUUCACAUAGCCGCACUCUACGGAGCGUGGUUAAUGCUGACUGCUGCUAAAUUUUAUACUGUUCUAUUCGCCGUACUUUUGUACGUGAUAUCCGGUUUGGGUAUCACAGCCGGAGCGCAUCGUUUAUGGGCACAUCGAUCGUACAAAGCGAAACUACCACUUCGAAUCAUAUUGAUUGUAUUCAACACCAUAGCAUUUCAAGAUUGUGCAUUGCAUUGGGCACGAGAUCAUCGUGUACACCAUAAAUUUUCGGAAACGGACGCUGAUCCUCAUAAUGCAACACGCGGAUUUUUCUUUUCACACAUCGGCUGGCUUCUAUGUAAAAAACAUCCCGAUGUCAUUGAAAAAGGAAAAGGUCUUGAUAUAUCCGAUCUACUAAGUGAUCCAGUUCUGAUGGUCCAGAGGAAAUAUUACAUGCUGUUGAUGCCACUCGCUUGCUUCGUACUACCAACAAUUGUACCGAUAUACUACUGGAACGAAUCGUUUGUUAAUUCAUUUUUUGUGGCUACAAUGUUUCGAUGGACUUUCAUCUUGAAUGCAACAUGGCUGGUAAAUAGUGCUGCUCAUAAAUGGGGUGAUAGGCCGUAUGAUAUAAACAUCAAUCCAUCACAAAAUCCGGCCGUUGCAGCAUUUGCUUUCGGCGAGGGCUGGCACAACUACCAUCACGUAUUCCCGUGGGACUACAAGACCGCCGAAUUGGGCAAUUACAAUGCCAAUAUGACAACAGCGUUCAUUGAUUUGUUUGCCAAAAUUGGCUGGGCUUACGAUCUGAAAUCGGUGUCCGAAGAAAUUAUCAAGAGGCGCGUUGAACGAACCGGCGACGGAACGCAUCCAACAUGGGGCUGGGGCGAUUCUGAUCAGGAUCAGAUUGAAAUCGAUCAUGCAAUGAUCACGCAUCAACAACAACAAAAUAAGAGAGAAUAAGAGGAAUGGUUGUGAGGGGCGGAAGGGGAGUCGGAUGUGGUUUGUGUCGAUGAUGUGAAUCUCUAUUCUCUCUCUCUUUCUAUUCUUAUAUACCAUUCUCGGCAUGUUGAAUGUAAAUUAAUUUUGUUUUCUCUGGAGAUUAUACGUUGUGCCGCCAAUGUGGUAGGGGCACGCGCUUUUCAAUGCUUAAUUAUGGGUAUAAAAAAACAAUUUUUUUAGUUAAUUUUAUUCUCAAAAUUAUUAUUAUUUUUGUAAAGAGGAAGAGAUUCAAAUCGUUUCCGUUUCUUGAAAACUUUUUUUUUCGUAAAAUUCAUUUUUAAUUGUUGCACCCUGAAUUUUGAUUAUUACUUUUUUUAAAUUAAUUGUGGGCUCUCAGAUAAAUAAAAAAUAUUUUUAUUAAUGCACAAAUAAAAUCAAAAAAUGAAACCAAGCGAGAAGAGUCGUGAAAACAGUUUAAAAAGAAUCUAAAAAAACAAAAAGAAUGAAAGUGUGAUAAUCCAUUUGGAAAAGUAACGAAAACAUUUUUUUCGUUAGUUGUUAAGUCUUAGGGGAUUAGAUUAAAUAAUUAACAAUAAAUAUUUGUGGUGCCAAUGGGACAACAUUAUCUCAUUAUGUAUAUGUAGGAAAUGCUGACACAAUAUAAUCAAAUAUUUUUCUUAAGGUUGAAUGUGGAAUGGAUUGCAGAGGAUGGUAGCAUUCCACUAAAAGCCAGCCAAAUAUUUGACUAACCCACAUUCCAUUAUUUCAAAGUUGUCAGCUGAUUUACUUCGGUCUUGCCAUAUUUUAUUUUUCUGUUCACUUGAAAAGAUAUCGAUGAAUUCACCUCUCAGAUUGAUCAAUGAAUUUUCGAUUUUUACAUGAAUACGACCAAUGACAGACUUUACUGAAGAUAGUCUGCUCAGUUCUAAAGCUAGUAUCGGGUUGACCUGUUAUCAAUUCAAGUUGACCCGAAGUGGAUUACGAACCUGAACUAAGGUUUCAGGUUCAAUCCGAAGUUGGGCUGAACAAGCAAUUUUCGAUUUCUCGUUCAACGGUUGAACUUCAACCCAACAUGAACCUGAAAUUUCCCGGGUCAGGUUCAUAAAUCACGAAUUUUUACGACGAAUUUCAAGUUACUCGAAAUUGACCUGAUCUACCUUAGGUUCGGAUGAAACCAAAAAGUAAAAGUUCAGGUUCGAGUUGAACCAAUUCAGGUUCUUGUCCGGUUCGGCUUGAAUCCGAAAAUCAAAAAUUUCAGGUUCAGGUAGCUCCUUAGAAUUGUAUAUAUACAGGAGCUACGCUGAUCAUUCGUUAAAGAACUACUUUUUUGAAAAUAAAUGAAAUGAGGUCAAGCUCCGUUGAACCUGAUAUCUUAGUUCAGAUACGCAUUGAAAUCAGUUCAGAUGUUGUAGUAUGGGCGUUGACGUUGAGAGUAGCUAAACAGAGAACCUUCGGGGUUGCGGAACUUGUCGAAAUGUGCACAAUUCUCUUAUUAUUUUUUUGCUCGGGCGUUUGAAAAGUUCCACAAGUUGCAUUCAUCAUAACAAUUGACUUAACGUGACUAUAUAAUCAGUAAACAGACAAUUAGCACAGCAGUGUUAUUUCGAAACUGAUAUGAUGAACCUAAGUGCUUACGGUCUCAAUUCUUGUAAAACGUCUGAAACGCAAACCUCCAUCUGGAUUCAUUGAUGUGUCCAGGACGAAGUAACUUUUCGAUUUAUUGAAGAACUUUUAAAUAAUGUAAUGUGGAUUACCCUUGAAAUUCUUAUUUCUUGGCUGGCUUUGGAAUAUUAGAGUGAGAUGAUUCGUUAAGUGCAGAACAUAUAAUUCCGUAGCAAGCGAGAAGUGACCAAAGUGAUAUAGGAUGGCUUCGACUUAAAACAAAAACUUUCACAUAAUGGAUUGGCCACUUCUUAGACUAGAUGUUGAUGUGUUGAUGUCUACGAUUAGAGAUUAUUUGAUAAAAAUGAGUCCUGUCAGUGGGUUCUGACGUGAACUUACUAUGCACUUCAGAUAAAAAAAUUAAAUUGCUCGACGUCUCACGGUUAUGCAGACCAUUAUGGGUAUGGCUAUACUUCACUCUUUAAAUCCAAACUUAACAACACUUCAAAUAUCUUAAUCCCAAUUACAAUUUAAAAUUCGUUGCCGAUUGUCAGUAUUUAUCUGCUCUCAUCUGCGUCAUAUUUUCCCUCAACUACUAACAAAUACCAUCUGACAUGAACGUCUUGUCGUUUGGAUGAACAAUGAUUUGCCAUUGGGAACAAUUAAACGAAUACUAAGGACAGCAAGGUAACAUAUGCCUUUCAAUGUAAAUUUUGCCCAAAAGAUUUCAAAACUGUUAAUCCGAGGCGAUGCCGAGCAAAAUGUAUCGACAAAAUUUUUCUUAAGGUGCAGGUUAGUAACAUGAAUUUAGGAUUACCAGUGAAGUUCUCAUUUUUGCAAAAGUCACUUUACCGCACUAGUGCCGUAAUAUAUUAAUGAAAAUCCAGUUACGCAUUACUUCGAUCGCAUUGCUGUACUUUAAAUGAAUUUUGUAAGUUCAUUGGAAUAUCGUUCGACCGAAUUUCGAUUGAGAAUCAAUUUUAACGAACUUUAGAAGAAAAUAUUUGGUCAUUGUGACCACAUUGUUGUCAGAGUUUUCUUUUGCAAUUAUCAAAACAUUGCGCAAUUGCACCAAUAAAUUAGAAAAUCAAGAUCUAGCAGCACAACAGUUAGAAAACUAUUCUAGUACAGUCAAGAUGUUGAUUGAUGAGUCCACCCCCUUCCCACUUAUAUGGAUAUUUCACCGAUGUUCGUUGGUACUGGUAAUAUUUACUAACUUAAUGUUUACACUACUGAAAGGAAGAUAGAAUUUAAUUUAAUUUACAUUUUGUCCCAUUCGCACUACUCAGGGAAAAGAAAAGAAAAACCGAUUAUUUGUAAGACGGAUGUAAUGAUGAGGAUGAUAGGUUGAUAGGAAAUGAUCAAAAUGAAAAAAUAAAUUGAAUUGAAAGUGUGGCAAACAUUUAAUGAAGAUUAUAAAAGCAGCGAUCAUUGUACCGACAACAUUUUUGUUUAAAUUCUUAGAAAUGAAUUUUUUUUUAACAUAAGAAAAAGAGAGAAAUGAAAAUGAAACCUUAGCGUUGUGUUUAAAACAGAGAAAUCGAAAUGAAAUCAGAAAUAAAUGUCUCAAUACGUUCCUUUGUUUGAUAAAUUUAAUUUAUUUUUUUUCUAGAAUUUUAAUUGAUUUUUUCUUUCUCGUGUGUCUAAAACUAUGAAUCAGUUUUGAAAAAUGGAAAUGAAAAAAUGGAUUCAAUAAUUAAACCAGUGCACCAGAUGGCUCAACAACAAAAAUUAAAAACAUUUUUUUUAAAUUAAAUUUAAAGUUUAACACUUAAGUUUUCAUCCAUUUAUAUCGGCUCUGGAUAAAAUGUAAAAUUAUUGUACGUUUCAAAAUGGUAUGAAAAGAAUAACAAAACAGUAAAAAUAUACGGGCGACAUCACUUGUUGAAAUAAAAAAAAAGAAAAUUAUGAAAUGAGCUUAGUCGAAUAAGAGGGAAAAAAAAGAAGAGAAACAAAAUUUAAAAAAAAAUGAAAAUAUGAAUGUGAUCCGUUUCCUAUAUACUUGUAUUUAUAAAAUUUUAAGGAAAUAAAUCUGUUAUUCUGUACAAAAAA